AUAAAUUAUUAUAUUAAAAUUGUCUAAUGAUGAAUCGGAAUACUAAAAAGCAUUAGACACAUUUAUAAACAAACAUUUCUCAUCUUCAUGUAGGAACUACAAUUGCUGAUAAAUUUAUAUUAUUGGAGAAGGUAGGAUAAGGUAGCUUUGGAUACAUUUUUAAAACAGAGAAUAGUGAAACAAAAGAAAUAGUAGCAACAAAAUUUGAAAAAAGGGAGAAUCGAAGUAAUGGUUAAGCAAGCAUGUUAGUUAGAGAGAUUAAAGUAUUGUUAGAGUUAAGUGGGGUGGAUGGUAUAAAAAUAAUAAUUAAAUAAAGGUUUUCCUUAGAUUCAAUAUUAUGGAAGAGAUGAAAAUUAUAAUUAUUGUAUGAUAACUUAUUUAGGUCAUAAUUUAGAAUAUCUGUUAAGAAGAAGUAAAGGUUUUACAUAAUUGUCUUGUCUUAAACUAUCUCUCCAAUUAAUUGAAAGAUUGGAAUCUUUACAUAACAAAAAUAUUAUUCAUAGAGAUUUAAAACCAGAAAAUAUGGUGAUUGGAUAUAUAGAUACCCAUAUUGUUUAUUUAAUUGAUUUUGGAUUAGCUAAAUAUUUUAAGGAUAGUAAUGGGUAACAUAUAACUUUAUCUGAUAAAAAAGGAAUCAUUGGAACUGCUAGAUAUGCAAGUAUUGCAGCUCAUUAAGGAUUAGAAUAAUCUAGAAAAGAUGAUUUAGAAAGCUUAGCUUAUGUGUUAAUUUAUUUAAACCUUGGAAAACUUCCUUGGAUGAAUCUUUAAAUUGCAGAUAAACAUGAAAAAUAUUAAACUAUAUUUGAAAUGAAGAAAAAUGUUAAAUUAGAAGAAUUGACAGAAGAAUUACCUUAAGUAAAAACAAAAAAUUUAUUUAGUGCUAUCUAUUAUUGUUAUAACACGCCAAAUCAAGAGAAUUUUCAGAAUCUCCAAAUUAUGCUUUUCUUAAAGAUUAAUUUAGAAAAACAAUCAGUGAGAAAGAAUGUGAAGAAUCUUUUUAUAUGUUUGAUUGGGAAAAAUUAGCAGAAGUUAAAAAUAAAAAAUAGACUCAAUAAACUAAAUUAGCCAAUCCUCCUGCUGUUAGAAGUACAAUUAAGAGAUCAACAGCAAUUGUUGAAAAUACUAAAAAAUAACUUUCAAAUCAUUUAAUCAUUCCUGAACCAGAAAAUUUUGAAAAUAGAAGUCGAAAUGUAUAUUAUAUAUUAUACUAUAUUAGGGAGUUAGCAUAUAUACUUAAGGAACUUCAAAAAUGAUAAAUUAUCAAUCUAGUCAAAAAAAUAUUAUUGAAGUUGAUAAAUAUAGAAGAUUCAUGCAAUAAUAAAUACCAAGAAACCAAAAAAAAAGUCAAACAGUUGUAUAAAAAUAAUAAUAAACCUUUUGUAAAGAGACGAGUAAACAUUUUCAUGAAAGGAUGAAAACUAUUGAAUAAGUAGAAUAAGAUUUUGAAUCUUUCAAUGAUUUAGAUUUGUUAGCUUAAGAUGAUGCAAACUUACACUUUAAAAAUAUUGAAGCUUUCCCUUUUAAACAUUAAUUGCAUCAUUGA